AUGGCUCUUCCUAGCGAAACGAGGGCUGUUAUCAUUGCCUCCAUAGGCAAGGCCGAGAUCAAGUCGGUCCCCCUCCCUACGCUUCGAGACGACUACAUACUCGUCCGGACGACAGCCGUGGCGUUGAAUCCCACAGAUUGGAAGCACGUCUACGGGAUCAACCUCGGACCUAAUCAGCCAACCGUUAUCGACACCCGUGUAGGCUGCGACUACGCCGGCAUCGUCGAGCACGUUGGGCCCAAAGUGACCAAGGCCUUCAAGAAGGGAGACCUCAUCUGCGGCCCGGCCCAUGGAUCCAACGCCGUUCAGCCAGAGGACGGGACGUUUGCAGAAUACAUCGUGGUGAAAGGGGAUGUUCAGAUCAAGGUGCCUGGUAACCUCAAAGACUACGAAGCAGCCACGUUGGGAAUUGGGAUAACAACUGCUGGCCAAGGCCUGUACCAAGCCCUCUCCCUCCCCCUCCCUUCACCAGCUUCCCCUGUCCCGGACCCGGACCCGGACCCCAGAAGAAAGAUCUUGAUCUACGGCGGCAGCACGGCCACCGGCCUCCUCGGCAUCCAGUUCGCCGCUUUAUCUGGAUACACCAUCGCCACGACUUGCUCCCCGCACAACUUCUCCCGAGUCCGGUCGCUCGUCGGCAACGGCAGCGUUUCUGCAUAUGACUACCGCUCUCCGACCCUAUCGUCAGACUUGAAAGCAUGGGCUGGCGACGAUCUGACGGUGGCAUGGGACUGCAUAGCGAGCACUGACUCGGCAAAGUUGUGCGCUUCUGUGCUGGCGAAGGAAGGCGGGAAGUACAGGUCUCUGCUGAGGGUGCCGGACGAGGUGGUCAAGGGGGUGAAUGGCAAGGUUGACAGCGGGUUCACGUUUGCGUAUACGGCCUUGGGGGAGGCGUUCAGGAAGGCGGUGGAUAUCCCGGCUGUGGAGGGGGAUUUUGAGUUUGCGAAGCAGUUUUGGGAGCUGGCUAGAGAGUUGUUGGCGCAGGGAAAGGUGAAGACUGUGGAGGCGGAGGUCAAUAGGGGUGGGAAGGGGGGGUUGGAAGGGGUGUUGGUUGGGUUGCGGGAGUUGAAGGAAGGGAGGGUGAGUGGGAGAAAGUUGGUGUACACUUUGAGAGGUGAUGGCUCGGCUGAUUUUUGA